AUGGCCGAGCAGCGCGUGGGGCUAUGUCAACAAACCUUUGUGGCGGACGACAAGUUUGGCGAUGUGAUCGCGUGCCUUGAGGCGCGGGGCUGGGCGCGCGUCAUUUGUGGCGGGGACCUCGCGUGGCGGAACCUGAAGCAAACGGACUUCGAGUCCGCCGACGCCGACCGCUACGUGAACCAUCUUCGCCACGCGCAGCGGCUGAGCCACAAGGCAACGCUCGCGGCCGCGCUGGCGGACGCGUCCGCCGAGUUUUACCCGCGCUGCUACGACCUCCGGCUGCCGGCGCACGCCCGGCGAUUCCUGGGCGACGCCGCGCGCGUCGCGGCAGCGGCGGCGCUGCGCGCAGGCGGCGCGGGCCCCGGCGACGCCGGCCUGGGGCGGACGCUCGUGGAUGCCUGCGCCGGGCGUAAAUUUGAUGAAAUUGCGGCGCGGCUCGCGGCGGGCGACACGGCGGCGACGCUCGCGGCCCGCACGGGGGGCGGCGACGCGGUGGCGGCCGCGGCGGCGCUGCGGGCUUUCGACGCACGGCCGCAGGCUGCAGUGGUCGACGGCGCCGCGGGCGUAUGGGUGCUCAAGCCGGCGGGCGGCAGUUGCGGCGAGGGCGUCGUCUGCUCGACGUCGGUCCAAGAACUGCUGGCGGCGGCAAUGGCGCGGCGGUGGCGUGUCGUCGUGCAGAAGUACAUCGAGCGCCCCCUCACGCCCCUCGCCCGGAAAUUCGACGUGCGCCAGUGGGUCCUCCUGUCGGCCGUCCGGCCGAAGCUUGUGCUCUGGGGCUUCUCCGAGGCGUAUGCGCGGUUUGCUCAACAACGGUUCGCGCUCUCGGACGCGUCGCUCCGGGACAAGUUCGCGCACCUCUGCAAUUACUCGAUCCAGAAGGACGCGCCGGCGGCGGACGACGCCAUCGCCGAGAACAUGUGGAGCCAGGCGCAACUGGCGGCGCACAUCGAUAGAAUCUACGGCGCGGGCAGCUUCGAGGCGCGCGUGCGGGCCGGUAUCCGCGCCAUCGCCGUGGCCGUGGCGGAGACGGCCGCGCGCCUGGACGUGGAGAAGGUCGGCCACGGCUUCGAGUGGCUCGGUUUGGAUAUCAUCGUCGGCGAGGACCUGUCCUGCUACCUGCUCGAGGCGAACGUGUCGCCCGACGUGUCGCACUCCACGGCCGUGACGGCGGCGCUCGUGCCGGCGGCGACGGAGGACGCGCUGGCGCUGCUGCUCGACGAGGGCCACGCGGCCGACACCGACGCACCCGUGGCGGCCCGCCGGCGGUCGACCCUUUACGGCGACCCACCGCCGACGCCGGCCGACGGGCCCGCGGCAGCACCGCGGUGGGAGCUGUGGCUCCGCGCCAGCGCGCCGGCGCCCGCCGAGCAGCCCCCGGCGCGCCUGACGGACGGCCGCGCGGACGCGUGGUGGCGCGCUGAGCUCGCGCGGCUGGAGCGGUUCGCGCCGCCGCCGCCGGACGCCUCGAGCGACGAGGAACUCUAG